UGGGCCCGUGGACCUAACGUCGUUACGUCAGGUUAAAUCCUAGGGUUUUACACAUAUCUUUGCGAAACCCUCUCUCUCGUUGGCUCUAAACCCUUUCUACCGCUUUCUUGCCUGUAGCUCAAAGACUAAGCCCUCCCUCUCGGGAAGUAUAAAGCAUUUUCACAAAAUGAAUUUGAACAAUGUUAAAGUUCCGAAGAUGCCUAGUGGUGGUGCAGCUUCUACUUUGCUUAGGCUAGGAGUUAUUGGUGCACUAGGUUUGUACGGUGCUACCAACAGUCUCUACAAUGUUGAGGGAGGGCAUCGAGCCAUCAUGUUCAAUCGUAUAGUUGGUGUCAAAGACCAGGUUUAUGCUGAAGGGACACACUUUAUGAUUCCAUGGUUUGAUAGGCCAGUGAUCUAUGAUGUCCGUGCAAAACCCCAUCUAGUGGAGAGUACUUCUGGGAGCCGUGACCUCCAGAUGGUUAAAAUCGGGCUUCGAGUUCUAACCCGUCCUGUGCCAGACCAGUUACCGACAAUUUAUCGAAGCCUUGGUGAGAAUUAUAACGAAAGGGUCCUGCCUUCAAUUAUUCAUGAAACUUUGAAAGCUGUUGUUGCUCAGUAUAACGCCAGCCAACUUAUUACUCAAAGAGAGGCUGUUAGUAGGAAUAUUCGGGAAAUUUUGACUGCAAGAGCAGCCAAUUUCAAUAUUGCGUUGGAUGAUGUUUCAAUCACAAGCUUAACUUUUGGGAAGGAGUUCACAGCUGCAAUUGAAGCCAAACAGGUGGCUGCACAAGAAGCUGAGAGGGCUAAAUUUAUUGUCGAAAAAGCUGAACAAGACAAGAAAAGUGCUGUUAUCAGAGCACAGGGUGAGGCCAAGAGUGCACAGCUCAUCGGUCAAGCAAUUGCCAAUAAUCCAGCAUUCAUCACUCUCAGGAAGAUUGAAGCUGCCAGAGAAAUUGCACAUACCGUCUCGAAUUCAGCCAACAAAGUUUUCCUGAGUUCGGAUGAUUUGUUGCUGAACCUUCAGGAUAUGAAUUUGGAGCCUACUGGGAAGAAAUAAAUAUUACAAGUCGAGAUCACAGAGCCCUUUUUCAUUUUGUUUAUCAACUCUUCCAUCGCAGUGAUAUUCUCAAAACCGAGCAUUGGAAAUUUAAAUGGAUAAUUUGUCUUAAUGGCCUAUUUGAACAAGGAGAUUUAAGGCUAGUUUUGGUACUAUAGUAUUCUGAUAAUACUACAUUACUAUUCAUUAUUUUAUCAGGACUUUUCAUUUACUUUA